GUAAGUGUUACAUCCACUCCCUCUAUCCCAUCAUAUCAUACCUCUAAUUUGGAAGACGUAAACCAGCUUCCAGUUGAGAAUACCUCUGAUGCCUCCAAGGAUUUCUACAAUAGCGAAGAAGAAUAUAAUUUUGGUGGAGUACUUUCUGACGAUAACGACGAAGAUAUCUCAUUUCUUAAGGAUACUAACACAACUAGAGAUAAUGAAAAUGAUGACGAAUUCUCCGAUAACAAUGAAGAGGAUGAUAAUGAUAGUGAAACCUCAUUGCUCCGCAAUAAUACACCCAAAUAG